UAAUGUUACAAGGAGAAGCAAAUUUCGCUGAAAAGAGAUAAAUGAGAAGAGCACGAACCAAUUUCGAGAAUGAAAUGUAAAUUUCGGUUGUUUAUUGAUGAAGGGAUGACGGAAUGAAUGAAAAAAUGACUUGUUAUGAAAGUGUGUUAAAUUGUUUCGGAUCCUUUUUUGGAACUUUGAGAGCCUGGUUGCCAUGUUGUUGUUGUUUUUGUCCUUAUCCAUAUUAUGAAAUAACCUAAGGGUAAAAGGGAUUGUUAUAAAAAUUUGGAAAAUACUAAAGAACUUUGGAGCCAGGACUUCAUGAAUUCAAUCCGUAUGUCAUAAAUAUUAAUUUCUUAGUUUCACAGAUCGUAUCAUUCCUGUAAGCACAAAGACAUUGUAAAACAGUUAAUUUGAUAUUUUAGUAUUAUCGAUUUGGAAAGAUAACUUAUAUUAACUAAAGACAAUAUCACUGUCAAUAUUGACACUAUUGUAUACUACAGAGUCGUUGAUGUCUGUAAAUCAGCCUAUAGAGUAAAGAAAAUUGUUGAAGCAGUUAAGGAAAUAACGUAUGCGGUAAUAAAUAAUUAACUUUAAGACUCUAAGAACUGUUGCUGGUGAACACACAUUAUAGGAUAUUAUUGAGAAUAGAUAGAAGAUUGCUGAUGAAAUAGAAGGAUUCGUCUUUGAUGUUGUAUCAGAAUGGGGUAUUCAAUAUUGUGAUUUCAUUUAGGAAUCUACUUAGAACAUGUUUUUAUUAAGGAUAUGUAAAUGGGGGAGGAAUUACAAUCUUCCCUAUCCAAUGCUCCUAAAGCUUAAAGACUUGCUUAGUCGAAAAUCAUUUCAGCAAAAGUACUAUUAUAUUAUUACAAAAAGAGUGAUGUUGAAGCUGCAAAACUCAUGAGGGAGGCUGCUGAUAUGUUGGAUUCAAAAGCCGCCAUGUAGAUUAGAUAUUUUGAAACUAUUUAACUAAUUGCAAAAAAUAAAAAUCCAAAAAUAUUGUUCCUGUCUAUGGAUUAGACCUAAAAAAAAUGA